AUGAGGAAGUGUUCAUGCUGGAAUAAGAGCUUUGCCAUGGGGAAAGCAAUGCUGUAAAACCAUCCUGCUUUAAAUCUGAAGCCUUCCCCCAGGCUGUGUCAGCACUGCCAUGUGCACAGGCCAAGCUCACGGAAAGUUUCCGAGCCAGUGUGGCCCCAGCCUGGUGGCAGCACUGCCACCAGCCCUGUUGCAAGCCCAGGAGCCAACCUUACUGCUCCUCAGCCCUGCGACAGGAGGGGAAAUAGCCAAAAAUUGGUGUUAGCUGAUGAUGGGGCUUUCCUGGAGCUGAGCAAACCCUUCAGCUCACUCUGCCUGGGCGGGGAGGAGCCAGCACAAAACAGGUCUUGGCUUUUGUCCCCUGCAGCCAAGUGAUUCCUCUUAUAAUGCCCUGGACCCCUCAAUCUCUCUGCGUUCAGCAGGCAGACUUGCAAGGAUAUGAAGGAGAAGGGGCUUCAUGGGAGGGGCCAGCUGGCGCAGAGCCCUCCCUGCCAGCAGCUCCCUCCCGCUCCAUUUCAUAUCUCAUUGUCAAUGUGGCCAAGCUCUAAUCACUUACCCUAAGCUCUAUAUUUUAAUUGUGUUUGCUCUCAUUAGAGCCCUGGGCUACGGGCAGCACACGUGCUACCGGAGAGGAAAUCCCCACCCUGUUAAUUUUGCCUGUGUUCCCAGGUCACCGCAGAUUAGCCAUGGCAGUGGCAGCCAGGAAAGGCAGGACUACAGCCUCCCCACACACCAGCAUCACCACCACGGCUUGGCCGGGCUCCCUGGACAGCUGGCUUAGCUGGAUCCCGUGUGAGUACAGCAUCUCCUGCCCUCCUCUCCCAGGCAGUGUUACCUGGUGGGGCUUCUGGACUCUGAGGCUGUGUAUUCACUUCACCCUCCCUUCAAAUUCUAUUUUCUAGUAGACUCCAUCAGGGAGGUAUUAUUGCAGUAUGGUACCACACUGCUUCAGAAGCAGAGGGUAUCUUUGCUACCCAUUUGGGGAAUGGUUUUCAGCCUCAGUCUCCCUGACUGGGGCCUGUCAAGGAUUCUAGGGGCAAUUUUGAAAGUACAACUCCUUAAUGCUGAAGGACCAAGAAGAGGUUUAAAUGUACUCUGUAUGUUUUGCAUGGUUUUAACUCUUUUAUCCAACUCUGCUCCCCGAACAUUGCACCAGUACCCAAAUGGGCACUCAUCACUGUGGCUGUGGCAGGGGCCAUCCUCCUCCUUCUCUUCCUCAUCUGCAUCAUCAAGUGCUGCUGCACCAAGAGGAAGCCCAAGAAGAAGGAGAGAAUUGGCUUGUGCGCCGUCAGCAACCCCACCACAAUCAACCUUGUGCGUCCUGCCUUCCCCUCAAUCCCACCUCCCUCCUCCCCGAGGGGUUUGCUGCUGCACUGCCCAGCCCCAGGAUGGUGGGAGCACGGCAUGGCAGGGACAUAGCUGAGUGCUGCUCUCUGCCACAGGUCCAGCCCGAGAUGGAGGACCUGGAGCGGGAAGUAGAGCAGAAGCGGCGAGGAAAGCUGCAGUACUCCCUGGAGUACAACUUCCGCGUGCAGGAGGUGGGGAUGCUCAUGGCCAUGGCACAGCAGGGAAAAAGCCAUGCUCUUGCCUGGUGCCUCUUUGCUGCCCUCUCCCACCUGCCUGCAGCCCACUGGCUCUCAUGCCUGUGUGGUGUCAAGGUGUUCCUCACUCAGUUCCCACUGAGCCCCCUGCUGCCUGGCCCCCUCCUUCUCCAGCCAGUGACCUUGUGCCUCACUCCUCUCCAGCUGAAGGUGGGCGUGAAGCGGGCAGUUGAGCUGAAGGCCAUGGACAGCGGAGGCACAUCUGAUCCAUAUGUGAUUGUCUACCUAACGUCCGACAGGAAGAAGAGAUACGAGACCAAGGUUUACCGCAAAACCCUGAACCCCAUCUUCAAUGAGAGCUUCACUUUCCAGGUACCCCAGGCUGAGGUGUCUGAAUCCACACUGGUGAUGCAGGUCUAUGACUUCAACCGCUUUUCCAAGCACGACAUCAUUGGUGAGGUCCGGCUGCCCCUGGCCAGUGUUGACCUGCAGCAUGUCAUCGAGCAGUGGAGUGACCUGGCGGUGGCCAGUAAAGUGGAGGAAGAGCAUCUGGGUGAGAUCUGCUUCUCGCUGCGCUACGUCCCCAGCACUGGCAAGCUGACAGUGCUCAUCCUGGAAGCCAGGCAGCUGAAACGGAUGGACUCUGAUGGGCUUUCAGAUCCUUUUGUCAAGGUGCAUCUCAUACUGAACAGGAAGAAAUGGAAGAAAAAAAGGACAAGUGUGAAGAAAAACACUUUAAGCCCUUACUUCAACGAGGUGUUUGUUUUUGAGGUGCCUUUCAGUCAGAUCCAGAAUGUGGACGUGGUCAUCUCUGUCUGGGAUCAUGACAAAGUGACCAAGAACGAGCCCAUUGGCAAACUCUUCCUGGGCUGCCGCGCCACAGGGAACCAGCUGCGGCACUGGUCCGACAUGCUGUCCCACCCACGCCGGCCCCUCGCCCAGUGGCACAUCCUGCAGCCCCCGGAGGUGGUGGACAAAGCCCUGGGACUCAAGUCCCACCUCAAGCUGCCCCUGCACUCCAGAUAGUGGAGGUCUCCUCCUCCACCCCGGGAGCAGGAUGGUGGGCUUGUGGAGGAGUGAGAAGGUUCUGCUCAGCAAGCUCGAGACGUGUUGGUCCCAGCUCAUUGUCAGCAAAGAGGGGACUGGGACUCCUUCUGGCCAAGAGAUGAUCUGGCUGCUGGUCAGCUCGUGCUCUGUGUUACACCUGGGACAGGGCAGCUCGGCAUCCCAGAGGAAGGCUGGACAUGGAGCAGAGGGUGCUAGAGGGGAUGUCAUGGGUGCAGGAGCCAGCUCAUCCCAACUGCUCAUGGUCUGGGGGGGGAAAUACACAGAGCUGCAGGCUCAUGCAAAACAGAGUCCAUUGAUAUUUAUAAAGCAGAGGGUUAACGUGCUGGUGGCAUGGGUGGG